UUUUUUUUUUUUCUUUCCUUUAAUCAAAUGCCAACAUGUGUAGAAUGUGGAACUCGAGUACAAAAUUUAUAUACACAGUAUAGUAAAGAUAAUAUUCGUUUAACUUCUUGUGAUCAAUGUCAACAGUUUGCUGACAAGUACAUUGAAUAUGACUUUGUCAUUAUCUUUAUUGAUAUGUUACUUUUGAAACCUCAAGUAUAUCGACACUUAUUAUUCAAUAGGAUAUCUCAAACUGGUCAUGGAAUAGAGUCCAAUAUUAUUCGAUUUGCCAUUCUUCUCAUUUUGUUUGAAGUUUAUAUAAAAUGGUUUCGAUUAGAACGAUACUGCACGUUAUACAACUCAUUAUUUCUUCAAAAACCUUUGUAUUAUCAAUAUUUGUAUAUCCUGGCGUUAUGUAUAUUAGAAUUUGUUGUAUUCCAUUGCUGCAUUUGUCUUGCCUUGCGAUUUUAUUUCAGGAACCAUGAUAAGGUCAUCAGAUAUAACUAUAUAUCAAUGGCAUUGAUUAUAUCUAGUUUUGGCAAAAUGCUGUUAAUCUUGAUGGUGAUUUGGGAAUAUGAACAAUUGGAAUAUUCAUGGUUGGUUAGUAUCAUUGUUCUUGCUUCUAAUGUGGAAGCUUUAUCAGUAUAUCUCGAUUUAUCAUAUAUGAAGACCUUUUUGAUUGUGAGUGUUGGUAUCAUCGGUCGAGUGGUUGCCCAACUCUUGUUUUUACAGACUACCUUUGUUGACAUUGGACUGGAUGAUUCCCCUUUUUUACGAACAAAAUGGCUUACUUUAUGAAUUUCACUUCUUAGUAUCAUAUACUUUUUCAUCAUCAAGAUUAUACCAUCUAUUUUUUUUUUGUUUUUUAUUUUUGGAAAAAAAAAUACAUUUUUAUUGGAAUAAAGGGAAAAUAAAAG